AUGACUUCUUCAUUCACGAGCUGCCUCUGCCUUCUUAUUGUUGUGUCUGCAAUCCUGGGGAGCUACUCCACUAGUGUUGCUCAAGCAAGGCCUCUAACAGGAAACUGGGAACAGGUUAUUUCAAGCCUAACAGUGACAGAAGAAUCAUUACUACAGAAAGUCGUCGGCAACAAUUGUUGGAUGAACCUUGGUAAUCAACAUUCCGACGAUCCUUACGAAAGACCGCCUCCUAGUGAAGGGCCGAAACCUGGGACCCCGAAGAUCUCUUCUUUUUGGUCAUGGAUCAUUUCUAAGAUUGGCGGAUAUGAAAGUAGUACGAAUGUGGGUGAUGAAUAUAUUUGACGCUAAAGUAAGUAUGUGUCGCAUCCAAAUUUCAAUGCGGUUGUUAUAAGUGACGGCCAAAAUAAGUUACCUAAGCUCUUUUCAAUUUAUAGAUAAUUGUGUGUGGUAUCCUGAUUGAAUACCAAAUUAGUACCUGUUGUAUGUUUAAUUUUGUGUAAACUAGCUGCUGCCGUACGUCUAGCAUGUAACAAUAUAUGGGUUUGGCCUUCUACAUAUA